GCCCUGUGUAACUCGAUGCAUGCUGUUAAAGCUUAGAGUAUAUUGUCUUCUCUUGCUUACGAAGCCUCCACCCACUGGCCCACCCUACAUUUAGCGGAUCAUGUGACCGUGUCUGUCCUCGCAGACCCCACCAAUAAACAGGAUGCUAAUGCUCGACGGAAUGCCUGCUGUCCGAGUCAAAGCAGAGCCUUUGGAAUCUGAGAGAGGGUCUCCCAAGGUGCACAGUUACCCUGAUAUGGAGGCUGUGCCCCUCCUCCUUAGCAAAGUGAAGGCGGAGCCACCAGAAGACCUCCUCUCUUCUGAGCAGUUCCAGACCCAGACUGAACCCGUGGACCUGUCAAUCAACAAGGCUCGGCCAUCACCGCCUUCUGCUACUGCCUCGCCUAUCGCCUCUGCCUUCUCUCCUUCCUCCUCCUCUUCCUCAUCCUCUUCGUCCUCACCCUCUGUCAUCACCUCAGUGUCGUCGGGAAUGCCCUCGGUGUUGACGCCGGGGCCCCUGGUGGGCUCUCCUCCGGGCGUCCGAGGCCAGCCCUAUUUGCACAUCAUCCACCCGGUGGCGCCCUCUAGUCCUGGAAAACUGGCCAGCCAGGUGCACCGCAUCCCUGUGGUGGUGCAGUCUCUGCCCCUCAUGUACACGGCGGCAGUGCGCUCUCCCUCCAACCCACUCAGCUCCACCAUCAUGUUACCUCUGUUGGAUGAGGUCAAGGGUCAGGGCAAAGCCCAAAUGGACCCCAACGGCUUGUCGCCAAGGCAAAUCAAGAGUGACAGUGAUGACGACCUGCCAAAUGUAACCUUGGACAGUGUUAAUGAAACCGGCUCCACCGCACUGUCUAUAGCACGGGCAGUGCAGGAUUCCAUGUCACCGUUCAGUAUUGAGAGCUUGCGACGUCCACGCCGGUCCGAGUCCCCGGACUCCAAGAAGAGGCGCAUUCACAGGUGUGAUUUCGAGGGCUGCAAUAAAGUGUACACCAAGAGCUCCCACCUGAAAGCACACCGAAGGACACACACAGGUGAGAAGCCAUACAAAUGCACGUGGGAUGGCUGCACAUGGAAGUUCGCUCGCUCGGAUGAGCUGACGCGGCAUUACCGGAAGCACACAGGGGUCAAACCUUUCAAGUGUGCGGACUGCGAGCGGAGCUUCUCUCGGUCAGACCACCUGGCUCUGCACCGCCGCAGACACAUGCUGGUCUGAGACUGUAUCACACA